UUUGUUCUAUGGAGCCGGCCCUGUAGCGAAAGGAGAGGAAAAUGGCGGAGGCGAAGCAGGAGCACCCACGUCUCCUCCUCCACAACUUCCUUACCCUUCAUCAAUGCAAGGAGCUGGAGUUCAUACACAAAAGCAACAGCACGGUGGGUUACAGAGCGAACGUGUUCUCCACCACUCUCUCCCAUCUCAUCGCCACCAACUCCCCCCACCUUCUCAUGCCUUUCGUUCCCAUCCGAGAGAGGUUGAAAGAGAAGGUAGAGGAGUUCUUUGGGUGUGAGUAUGAGCUCUGUGUUGAAUUUACCGGUUUAAUCAGCUGGUGUCGAGGAGCAAGCAUUGGAUGGCAUAGUGAUGAUAACAGGCCCUAUCUUAAACAACGUGCCUUUGCGGCAGUCUGCUAUUUGAACGGUUAUGGGAAGGAUUUCAAAGGUGGACUUUUUCACUUCCAGGAUGGGGAACCAACAACUAUUGAGCCCUUGGCUGGAGAUGUUGUGAUUUACACAGCUGACAGCCGCAACAUUCAUUCUGUAGAUGAGAUUACCGAUGGGGAAAGACUUACACUUACGUUAUGGUUCAGCCGUGAUGCGUCCCAUGAUGAAGAUGCCAAGCUUGUUUCCCUUCUCUCACAAAGCCUAUUACACAAUAACAUGCCUGGUGAAUGCCUACCCUUACCGGCAUCCAGUAAUAUGUACUGGUUUUCACCCAACCAAACUUCUCAUAAGCACUUGGGCUUUGAUAUAUGCUGGGCAAGACUACACAUUCUUGGAUUUGAUGUUUAUUCUUAUGAGGACAGAAGUAGUGAUUCAGAUUUCUCAGAGUUACCGAUGAAGCCUCUGCAAUUAGCAAGGGAAAAUGAGUUGCUCGAUCAUGACUUUGUCAACAUUUUGCAUGCGCUUCAGGUUGUGCAGUUUUACUGUUGGAAAGCCUCUGGUUUGCAGACUUCCAAAGUUACAAUAGACAGCGGAAAGGUGGUAGAACUCUCUCAAUGGCAAAGGGAAAAAAUUAAUUGCUUGAAAUCUGUAUUCUUAAAGGAUCAUCAACUGGCUGAGAUGGUGUUCAGCUGCAUGACUAGCAAUGUGAGGGGAUUACCUUUCUUUGAUUGGGCAGUUUUUAAUUCUGCAGUUGCUUUAUGGGAAGAUUAUGCCUCAAAGUUACGUGAACAACUUGUUAGAAGCUUUCCAUACUGGAGGACCCAUCAAUCUAUAUUUGAUGUUCCAUAUGAUGGGUGUUGAAAUGCAUAUUGGAUGUGCUCUAUGAUCUGUCUGUGUAUAGUAGAUAGUAGAUGUCUCCUCCAGAGACCCUUGCCUCACCGGAACAGUGCUUCCUCCUCGCCCGUCGCCGUGGAUCCCGCUUUGUGUACUGCUACUGAUGGCUUGACCUAAUUGCACUAGCAAUAAACCCCUAUGAUUGUGUAUGUGGAGUGUGGCUGCUAGGGUUUUCUAAGUCCUUUAAUAAGAGAACCUAAUACUAUACCUCUACUAGGACACACUACCCUAUUCAAAGGGAGCUCGUGUAGGCAUUACCUCUUAAUCCGAAGGUUUAAAGGUCUUAAAACCUUAGCCUACACAUGUUUUGAAGUUUGGAUCAAGAGGAUUCAAAAUCAGUCCCAAAUUCGAUGGUAUCCCACAUAGCAUGAUAGCAAUGUGAGCUUCUUGUCUUGUAAAUUUUUGUUUUACAAAAUGUGAUGCUAUGCUUUCAUAAUGCUGUUGAGAUUUUUCAA